AUGUAAAAAAAUAAAAUUAAUAAAAAAUAUAUAUAAAAAAAGAAUUUAUAUUUUGCAACAGCAAUGGAUUAUUUAUAAAUGCACUCGUUUCCUUUUCAUUAAAAAAUAACUCAUAUAUGGAAAGCUACUGAUUUUUUAAAAAUAAUAUUUGAUUUUUUUUAUUUAUUUAAUAUAAAUAAAUAUAUGCCUCGAAUAAACUAUUUCAUAUUUAUAACUUCAGUAUAUUUUUUAGACUUCAUAAUCUUUUUAAUUAUUCUCGAUAUAAUUUUCGUUUCUUAUAGUUUUUCAAAAAAGAAGUUUUCGACAACUUGGCCUUUGACAAUUUUAAGAAGUGUAGCUUCCCUUUUGGUGACUGUUUUUUUUUUGCCAAUAACUGAAACUUUGGUAUCCGUAGUUUAAUGCUCAACAAAUGAAUAGGGGCAGUUGGGUUUAGAUUCAUUCCCUGAAGUUAUUUGUUGGGAGGGUUGGCAUUUAUUCCAUGCUUUAAUUUCUAGUUUGUUCAAUUUAAUUUUCAUGUUUCUAAGUACUAUAGUUGCUUUGACUUAUUUUUAGCCGAAAUAAACUAGCGAAGAUAGAACUGCUAGAUAAGAUUCUAAAGGGGAAGUGGCUUUUAUAUUAAAUAAAGUAGUCUGUUAGUGUCUUUUUUCUUUUAUUCCGGAAGGAAACGAUUGGUUUUUGGUUAUUUUGGUUUUCGUGCUUAGUCUAGGAUUACAUUGGGUUUAUAAUAUGGAAGAUCCUUAUUAUGAUUAAGAAGUGGGGCUUUUUUAUAAAAUUGUGAGUACUUAUUAUUUAUGGACUAAUGCGAAUCUUUUAAUUAGUUAAAUUUUAACUAAUAUUGAUUUUAAUGGAGGACUUAUUUCUUGGCUUAUUGGUCUACCGUUUAUUGUUUUGAUUAUGAUUACGACUAAAAAAAGCAGAAUCGAUACUUUAAUAAGGAGUUAGAUGAAAUUUAGAUCUGGGGAGUAGAUUUAAGGACAUUUGAGGUAUGUUUUGUAGUUAAUUGGGGAUUAAAAGAAAGACAAAAAUGCGUAUAUUUUACUUAUUGGGUAUGUGGAGAAACAUAAGGAAACUUGUCAAGAAGAAGAUUGUCCUUUAAAGAGGAUUAAUAAUUAAUAAUAAGGAGGGAAAAAGAAAUAGUAAUAAUAAUAAUUAGUUUUAAGUGAAAUGGAUGAUAUAUGUAAUAAUUUAAUUAAAGAAAUUGAUAGAAUAUAUUAAAAUGGUUUAAAGAAAUUUCCUACAUGCACGAAAUUGAGAAUUUCCUAUGCGUUUUUUCUAAUGGAAAGGUUUUAAAAUAAACGAGAAAAGUGUUUUUAAUAAUUAAAAAUCGCAGAAAAAACGAAGCCUUCUUUUGAUGAGUAAUUCAUUAUAUAUAGAUAUAAGAAAAUUUUAGAAGAAAACUUAGAUUAAAUAGGGGAAAAUGAAGAAAACGAAAACGACAUAGUAAAACUAAUAGCUUUUGAUUCCCAUAUAUAGUAAUGUGAAGAAUAUAUGAAAUUAUCAGCAUAAAUGCAUAAGGAGUUCUGGGCUGAAUUAAAGGAAGAAAACCCUGGUUUAUUGAAAUUAAAUAUUAUAGGGAGUAAAAUAAGUAAGGCAGUACAUGAGGCGAAAUCACAUUAUUAUGAUAUGUAGAAAAUUAACUCGAAAAUACACUAGACAAUAAAGACUUUUGGGAAAUAUCUAAUUUAUGUACUAAAUGAUAGGGAAAACGGGAAAAUUUUAUUAGAAAAAGCUGAAUUUAUAUAACAAUAGUAAGAAUAAGUGGAAAAAAAGGAAGAUAAUAUUGAAAAAAUUUUCGAUUUCAAAAGUGAACCGAUUGCUUAUUUGGUCGUGAAAAAUAAAAAAGGAGAAAUAGGGCAUAUAGAGCAGUGUAAUAUGCUUUUUUCAGCACUUUUUGGUUAUUAAAAAGAGGAAGUUUAAAAUAAGUAAAUUUAGGUGAUUUUACCUAAUAUAUAUGUGGAGAUACAUUAGUAGUUUUUAUAAAGAUAUUAUGAGAAUGUAGCUUUAGGAAUUACAAAUUCGAAUUAUUUAAAUGAAAAUUAAUAUAGCUUCGGGAAGAAUAGAAAUGGAUAUAUUUUUCCAUUGUUUUAUUAUGUGAGUGUUUUGACGGAUGAUUUUUAAAUGUUUCUAUGCAAUUUUAAUGCAGAUUGUUAUAUUAAAUAAACUUUUUAUGUUUUAACUAACUAAGAUGGAGUUAUUAUAGAUAUUUCUUAAGGAAGUAUUUAUUUUUUGGGAUUAGAAGUGGCCAUUAUUAAGAAAAAAAGUGUAAAUAUAUGCACUUUUGUACCCGAUUGGAAGGAUGAGAAGAAGUAUUAUGAGAAAAACGGGAAAGAAUUCUCUUAUAAUGUAGUUUAGGUAGAUGGUAAUGUAAUAUUAAUGCAUUUUUAAUGUCAUAUUUAAGCUUUGAAAGUUGAAAUAAAUCAGAUUUUUGAUGAAAGUGAAAAUUUUGAAGAGGACAACAAAGGAGAAGAAGAAGAAGAGGCAGAAGAAAACGAAGAAAAAGAAAAAAAGGGAGAAAUAAUGGGUUUUUAAUUUAAAAUUGAAAAAAUAGAAAAGAAUAUAAAUUUUAAAAUUGAAUCGAAUUCUCUUUUGAAAAAAAAUAACAAAAUAAAGAAUAAUUUAAAUUAAUUUACAAAAGAAAAUGAAAAUCUGGCAAAAUUAGUAUUCGAUUUAUAUAAAGAUAAAUAAUAAAUUGAACAUGAUUUUAGCAAUUAAUUUCCAGAUUAAAAAUAAGAUUAUGAAGACGAGAGUUUUCUAGAAAAAUAAAAUUUUAAAGAUUUCUCAAAAGGUAUAAAAACUAAAAGACUAUUUAACAAUCGAAUAGAUAAUAUAUUUGAAGGUUAUUAUGAAGAAGAAGUAUCCGAAGAUCAAGAAAAUAGCGUUUUUGUAAAUUAAAUAGGAGAAAAAUAUGAAGAUGAGGAAGAUUAUCAUAUAUUUAAUUAAUCUAAUUCAACUGAAGUAAUUAGAAAAGCCCUAAAUAAUUCACAUAAGCAUUAAUUAAUUAAAGGAUUUUUAGUUAUUUCGUUAAUUUGGAAUAUUUUGGUUAUUGGUUUAUCAGUUUUCGAGUAUUUUUUUUGCUUGUAAAGACUAGAAAGCUUCGAAUUGGGGUUUAGGAUAGUUUAAAUUUUAAAUUCGAGAAUUUUCGAAGUUAAUAAAUUAGUGACUAAAGUAAUUGAUAAAUAAUAAAAUUUAUAUUAAGUGUAGUAAAUAAAUACGGAAAUUGAUAAAAGCGUUUAGAGUUUGAUUUUUUUAAACGAGAAAAUUAAUAAUUAAGAAUUCGAUGAUUUUUUGCAUAAAAAAAGUGAAAAAAUAAACUUCAUAUUUUUUUAAAAAAAUUCAUAUUUAAAUUCUAAUUAAAAUAUUGAUUUAAAUAAUGUCAUUUUAUUAAUGGGAGUUUUAGGAGAUUCAGAUUUGUUGGAUAAUUAAGGCUUUUUAGUCAAUUUUUUUAAUGGAAUUUAUCAAAUUUUAAAAGAUUAGUCAGUAAAUGCUGAAAAAUUAAUAUUAUCCAAUAUACAAAAAAAUGAAAUUGAGUUAAUUUUAAGUCUAUUAGUGACUUUUAUUGUCUGCUUUUUGGCAAUUUCUUUAUUUAUUUUAAUUACCAUUGCUAUAAAAAAUUAAAGAGAAAGUAUUUUGUUUCUUUUCUUAGAUAUUCCUUAGAAACAUGUAUAUUAUUUAUAUAAACAUUGUGAUAAAUUCCUUUAAACUUAUGUUUCGAUAAGGUAAUAAUUACAAAAAUCGGAAGAAAAUAAUCAAUUUUAGGAAGGAUAAUUUGAAUCUUCUGAUGAAUCUGAAUAAGACGAUGAGAUAUAAUUUUAAUAAGAAUUAGAAAAAAAAAAAAUACUAAAUAACAUUUCUUAAGAAGAAAAUUAAAAUGAUAGUGAAAUUUAAAAAGAUUUAAUUUAAAAAAGAAAAAAAAUCAUACAGAAGUAUAUGGCUAAUAAAUAUUAAGGGGCAUAAGGACUAAUUUUUAAUUAUAUUUUUAUUCUUAUAUUUACUCUUACUUAUUCUAUUAUUAAUUUUUAUAUUAUUUUUAACUAAAAAAAUACUAUUUAGUUUAUAUGGCCUUAAUAUUAUUAAAUUGAUUAUAUGUAAAUAAAUAUUGCGUAUUAUCUAAAUAUAUAAAAAAUAAUGCUUAUUAAACCAGAAUUUAAUAUAAAUGGGAUAACUGCGUAGAAUGAAGCAUAAAAUUUGUUGUAAAAUUUAUUAGGAUAAAACGAAUUAUUUACUAAUAAUAUGUAUGAUUUAAAAAAUUAGUAUUUCAAUAUUUUUUAUAGAAAUCCUUGUUAAAUUGUUAACUUUUAAAAUAUUAAUUUAUGCGAAAGUAUAAUUAAUGGUAAUAUUAAAUUAGGUGUUAAUAAUGUUAUUUAGCAUUAUUAUAAUGUUUUUUAAAGUAAUUUAAGUGAUAUUAUUGUCAAAAAAUUAAAGUUCAAUGAAAUUAAUAUGAAAUAAUAAUAUAUUGAAUUAGGUAUUUUAUUUUUUAUAAAUAUAUUUUUUAAUUUUAAUAAAAAAUAAGAUUAAUCUUUAUAUAAUUAUGUAAGACCUUGCAUUUCAUAUUUAAUUGAUUUUGAAUAAUAAUAUAUUUAAUAAUAGUUAAAUUCAGCUAAAAGCUUUUAAGCUUUAUUUGUUUCUAUUUUUUCUAUUUUAUUAAUUCUUUCUUAUUUAAUUUUUUGGAUUCCUAAAAUAAGUAGUAUGAAUACUUAAUUAAAUAGAACUAUUUAAAUGCUUAAUAUGAUUCCUAUUAAUGUAAUAAAAGAAAAUAUUAAUAUUAGAAGAUUUGUAAAAAAUUUAAUUAAAUAAAUGGAUAAAACUAAGUAUGAAUGA